AUGUUGGAUGGAGAGCACAAUCCAAAAAUUUCAGACUUUGGAAGGGGUAGGAUGUUUGGGGACAAAGAAGAUCCAGCAGGUAUUGUGAGAGUUGUGGGAACCUAUGGUUACAUGGCUCCAGAAUAUGUAAUGGAAGGGCAGUUUCCGGCAAAAUCAGAUAUCUUUAGCUUCGGGGUACUAUUGCCUGAGAUCAUAAGUGGAAGACAGAACACUAGCUUCAAUGGGGAAGAUCAAUCCUUGAGCCUGUUAGGAUUCGCAUGGAAAUUGUGGAAGGAAGAGGAUGUUCUAGCACUAGUGUAUUCAAACAUAUCUGUGAGAUGCUUCGAAGUUGAGGGCUUAAGGAGCAUAGAAGUGGGGCUACUCUGUACGCAAGAACUUGCAAAAGAUAGGCCUACCAUUUCAACUGUUAUUUCAAUGCUUAACGGUGAACUUGUGGAUCUUCCUAGUCCGAACAAACCUGCAUUCACCGAAAGGCAAACAGCCACCGACACGGAAAGUGUCCUAUCCUACAUUCAGGUUGUGGAGUUAGUAGAUUAUGCUAAUACAGACAUAACUUGA